AUGGCGGAACAACACCACAUAGAAUCUCAUUUCCGCUGUCCGAUAUGUAAAAACGUUUUCGAACGCCCCAAAGCUAUACCAUGUCUCCACACGUUUUGUCACGAUUGCCUCGAAAACCACGUUGCCAGGAACGGCAACGGCGGGCGUUUUCCAUGUCCAGUUUGUCGACAGACCAUCUAUGUCCCAUCUGGGGGCGUGUGGAGUUUCCCAGACAAUGAUAUAAUUCUUCAUCUUCGAGAAGCUGCGUCAGUGCCGUACAAUAGUGGAGAGAUGGCAACACUUCCCGUCGAUCAACCCCCGACAUACCAGACUCUGUACGGAGACAAGGCGUUUGACUGGGAGACCAGUGACGUGUUUGUUGUCAACAACAUUCAGUCAGUGGCAGUGUUUAUAAACAAAUUUGCUGGCCACGGCACCGGCCCGGAGGAUUUUACGCACGUUUCAGGACUGGCCGUGAAUCCUUUGAACGACAACAUCAUCGUCACGGAUUGCAGCUUAAACAAGGUUGCAAUAUUCAACGUCAGAGGCGAUUUCCUCUCCAGUUUCUAUACUGACUGCUCAAUUCGAGAUGUGUGUGUUACAAGUUUUAACACUCUGCUUUUAUCUGUCAGCCGUUCUGGACCAGCUUUACUUAGGGAGUAUGCUAUGGAUGGACAAUUGAUAUCAGCAUUUGGAAGUUUCUACAAGUACGAUAAUCCAUGUGGAAUUUCACUGGACAUCACUCAGAGGGUUGUAGUGACCAGUCUUGAAAAGAACACUGUGCAUGUUCUUACAGAUCAAAAAGAAGCCCUGUACCAACUUCGGCUCCAAAGGUUCCGGCCACAACCAUUUUAUUCAACCUUCAUAUGUCACAGUUAA